AUGCAAAUACUUUCUCUAAAUUUUUUAAUAUAUAACCUUUGUGGUAUGUGGCGACCUAAUGAGUGGUCAUCAAAUGGUGCAAAACUGCUGUAUAAUGUAUUUACCUUUAUGGUAAUAUUCUCGGAGUACUUUUUGGUGGUAACCCAAUUUAUGGAUAUAAUUCUUAUUGUCGAUAAUAUUGAUGAUUUUGCCACUAAUACUCUAAUGUUCUUGACCAUUGUUGCCGUAUGUUGUAAAGCUACUAUCGUUGUGAUACGUCGGAAUGCGAUCAACAAUUUGAUACAAUUAUUGAUGGAAACACCGUGUAAACCUCGUGACGAGGAUGAAAUAGCAAUAAAAACGAAAUUUGAUACAUUCAUCAGAUCAUGUUUGAUAAAAUACAUGCUUUUGUCGAUGAGCUCUCUUACAGGCGUUACAAUAGGAUCAGUAGUGAAUAUUAUGCAAGGUUAUCUUCCUUAUCGAAUAUGGUUGCCAUUUAAUUACACUAUACCCUUGGCAUUUUGGACUAUAUCCAUCCACCAGAUUAUAACUUUAAUUUUUGCCACUAUGAUAAAUGUCAGCACGGAUAUUUUAGUCUUUGGAUUGUUUUUACAUACGUGUGCCCAGUUCGAAAUUUUCGAAAGUCGUCUUCACAAAUUAGUGAUUUAUAAAACAAUUAACUAUCUGGGAAAUGCAGUCUCUUCGUUGAAUAAGGAUAAAACAGAGAUAUCGGAAUGCAUACGCCAUCAUCUCAGCAUUUACAAAUACGCCAAAACGGUAAAUGUUAUAUUCAACCAGGUGCUCUUCGUUCAAUUCUUUGCAAGCAUACUGGUAUUAUGUACAAGCGUGUAUUAUUUAUCAAUACAUAUUAGAAAUUUCUCUGGUAUUCUACCUUUUUUAGUAUACACUAUUGGUAUGUUUGUACAAAUUUAUAUUUAUUGCUGGUCCGGAAACGAAGUCAUUCUUAAGAGUAUGAGUGUAGGAGACGCUGUAUAUUGUAUGGAUUGGCCACUAUUAUCAGUUAACGAAAAGAAACAAUUACUCAUGGUCAUGGUACGGAGCACAAUUCCUAUAAAGUUCACAAGCAGCUUCUUGAUAACCGUCUCCCUUCAAUCUUAUAGCAGUAUAUUAAAACUGUCAUACUCGGCAUUUAACAUACUUCAGAAGUGAAAUAUAAAUAAUUAAAAGU